GGGCAGCAAAAUCAGUUCAGACAGGGAGUAAAACAGCGGGGUUGGGCUUGUUCCCCUCUACUUUUCAAAAGCUACAAAGAGGCAUCAGAGCUACUGAACAGUCCCAGUAGAGCUUCAGGGAGACGGAGAAAUCCUCAAAAUUCCCAAGGCUUAGAAAGAGAGAGAGAGAGAGAAAACAACCAAAUAGCUGAUUUAAGGGAAACUUUAAGAAAUGACACAGGGCAGGAAAAUGUGAAAGUGUGAGAGUUCAGAAGGAAACUUUGAGAGGAUUAACGAAGCAGUGGAAGGAAGGGUGUUGUGCAUAAAAGACAACCCAACCAGUUCACUCUGCUCAGUGAUCGACAAGGACGACUGAGGGACCAAAAUGGAUGUGGUAACUUCUCUGCUGGUGUUUUUCUGCUCUCUCGGUGCUGCUGCUUCAUCUUGUACACCUGGAUGUCAAUGUCAUGAAACAACCAUCAUUUGCCAUGGCCUCUCUGACUUCCCCACACAUGUGCCCUCAUCUACCACCCAGAUACGCUUCUCUGGUUGCACAUUUCAUUCUCUGAAACAUGAAGAUCUCACUGAUUUUUCCUCUUCUCUUGAGCAGUUUUUGAUUGUAAAAACUGUUUUGAGGGAGAUACGCCCUGGCACAUUCAACUCCUCAUUAAAUAUGAAUUCAAUCGCAAUAACAGAAACUGAACUACAGGAUCUCCCUGAGACGUUGUUUGAAAAGCUACAGAAGCUUGAGACUUUGAGUCUGAGAACCAACAAGCUCUUUGCAAUCCGGCCAAUGUGGUUUUCCCAGUUAACAGAGCUAACAAAACUGGACAUAAGCAAGAACCGCUUCACUUAUGUACCAGAGGAAAGCUUUAAUGCCCUAAAAAAGCUGAAGUUCUUAUCACUUACUUCAAACAAUGUAACUCAACUAUUCAGUGGCACAUUCAAGGGUCUUUCUGAACUAAAAAUCCUGCGCCUUAACAAAAACCUUCUGACAGAGCUUCCAGCUGACCUUCUGAAUGAUCUUGUUGAACUGGAUGAACUGAGUCUCCAGGACAAUCUAAUUACUUAUCUUGACCCUAUGCUGUUGUCAAAGACUCCAAAGCUACAGAAACUGUUUCUCUCCCACAACAGACUGAUGUCUCUUCCACAGGGGAUCUUUUGUAAUUUGCCUCUCCUCUCCCAAAUAUCCCUGUAUGAAAACAUGCUGAAGAGUCUGGGUCCAGGGGUCUUUGGGCCAAUGGCCCUGCAGGAGCUGUGGUUGUAUGACAACAAACUAAGCCGUGUGGACGAUGACACAUUCAGGAACCUGACUCGGUUACGUCUUCUGGUUCUCAGUCGCAACCAGAUCAGCUAUGUGUCUGAAGGUGCCUUUAGAGGUUUGACACAACUUGGGGAGGUCUCACUGCACUCCAAUCGACUCACAAGCCUACAAGCCAGAACGUUUGAAGAACUGCCCACUCUGGUCAACAUAUCUUUGGAGCACAAUUUUAUCACCUCCCUUCCAUCGGAUUUUCUGAAGAACCUGAACGACCUGGGAGAGAUAGAUCUGCGGAACAACUCGCUUCCAAACUUGCCCCAGCACAAUCUAGAUUCACUUGCUAAAGCAAAGAAUGUCCUUUUACAGCAGAACCCCUGGAGGUGCGACAAGAAUAUUUUGCCUCUGAGGAACUGGCUCAAACUGUACCCAUCCAAGGUCAACCAAACCCUUGUGGUGUGUGAGACUCCUUUGAAUCUGCAGGGUGAGAUAAUAGCAAUGCUUGAGGAUGAGGAUCUCAUGCCUGUCAGCCCUUCUAAAGACCCUGUACUGGCCUCAACUGAGAGGACGAGACCCCAUACAGAUCUCCCCAAACAAAGAUCGCCGUCAGCUGAGGUAUUGACCACACCAACGUCAGAACAAGAAAAUGAGACCAACAGAGGACAAGGGGGAGGUGUACAGACUAAUAAUAUUUCACUUACUCUUAUUGCACUUGCAGUGGUGUCCACUGUCAUUAUCAGUUCAGUCAUCAUCGGCUGCGUUUGCUGGAAGAGAAACAGGAGAGGAAAUGAAAAUAUAAGCCAAAUGAGUCGGAAUUCGGUGCUGUAGACUUGAUCACAACCAGAGACUUUUAAAACGAAGGGAAACAGUUGAUUGUAGAUCCUCAAAGGCCACACUUUCAGUCAGUAUUUGUCUUCUGUUAUGUGACAUGAACAUCUCAUUCACUAGCUGUAGGGUAAAGAGCCACAUAAUGUUGUGACCAACCAGCAACUUUGUGUGAAACGUGAACCAGGCCUCUGUAUCUGGCAAUAACCAUGACAGUUUGAUACUGAUUUCUCUAUAAAUAACAAUGCAGUUAGUAAGCAGUUUAUCUUUUGUGGCAUAAGGGUAAUGCAGUGUGUAUUCGACUCCACUAUAACAGUUUUAAUGCAAAAUGCCUCUGUAUUCUGAAUAAAUUGACAACUUUUGUUCUUUA